AAUACAAAAAGACACAAAAAAUUCAAUAAAUAUUUACAUAAGUUGUUUACAUCAUGCGAAUUGCCACUGUUGGUAUUGCUACUGUCAUUGUUAGGUUAGAAGAGUAGCUUUUUGUGUUUGGUUUUUAACUUGAUUCACUCCAGGAACUUGAUGUGAGAAAAAGAAUCGAGACUCAAGCAAUCGAAUUAUAAGUGCCAUUCACAAAUCCAAAGAGACAACAAUCAAUUUGCAUGCAAUUGAAAUUGACAAAAAAAGAAUAUAAAUGAAAGUGAAUGUGAGUAAAAAAAUGCCAUCAACAUCACGGCCGAGAGUAACUGGUAGUUCCAGUGGCAUAGGGCGCAUUCCAGCUAAUACGCCAAUGUCGGAACGCCAACAAAUGGCUUUGCUUAUGCAAAUGACAUCGAAUCAAGAAUCAGCAGCCGGGAAUAGCGGACAUGGGCCGGCCCGUUCAAGAGAUCGCAAUGAACGUGGCGAAACUGCAAUGCAUGUUGCAGCAAUUAAAGGUGACCAAGAAGGUAUCAAAAAGCUACUCGAACAAGGAAUGAGUCCAAAUGUUCCCGAUUUUGCUGGGUGGACACCAUUACACGAAGCGUGUAACCAUGGUCACUACAAUGUGGCAUUAACUUUAGUCAAGGCUGGUGCGAAUGUAAAUGCUCGCGGAUUGGAUGACGAUACCCCACUUCAUGACGCUGCCAUUACAGGUCAAUUGAGACUGGUAAAAAUGCUUGUGGAACGUGGUGCCGAUCCAUGUUUUAAGAAUCGCAAGGGUAAAACACCAUGUGAUGUUGCUGCAGCCGCUGUUCAUAAUUUCCUCGUAACUGCUAGAGAUGCAGCUAUUAGUCGAGCACAACAACAAAUGAAGAAAGCAAGUGACGGAAAGAAGUCAAUGGACGAUCAUGAUGAAUCAAAUGUAGCAUCAGGCAGUGGAUCAACAUCGAAAGCCACAUCAAAAGAAGAAGAUGACGUAUAUGAAUUUAAAACAACGCCAAAAGAUUCAUCGUCCAGUUCAGGUGACGAUAAAUCAGACGGUGGAAAAUGUUCCGAUAAAUCAUCAGAUGAAAAAAGUGAUGAACAAGGAACGAAACGUUCAUACUCCGAUAUCGAGGGCGAUGGAGAUGAUGAGGUGAAACGAAAAAAACGAAAUACUGAAGGAGCGUCAAAGGAUUUAAACAAGUCCACAUCGAAUCGUCCACAAUCACAGCGUCAGGAGAAAAAUUCCAAAUUUCAUGGGGCAACUGUCAAAAAUUCAAAUUUAACCAGCAAAAAUGUAUCAACGCUUGAUCGAAAAAGUCCAUGUGCAAGUCCAAAACCAACAUCGACGAAAACUGACAGUGAUGUCGAAAUGGACGAUAAAAAUUCGGGUUCCGAUUCAUUUGCGGUUGGUCCAAAAGUGCCACCAUUAAAAAUAGUAAUACCACAACAAACAUCGAAUCCUGAUCAAGAAAUGGGCACACGAAAUGGCAAGAACAUUUCAACCCGAAAUAAUGCUGCAUUACCCUAUGUGGUUGCAUCAUCGUCGAAUAGCAACGAUUCGGCUGAUAAAGAGAGUGCAUCAUCUCGUUGUACAAGUCCAUCUGAUUCAACGAAAAGCGUUGAUGACAAAAAAACUGGCACAACACUAACCAAUGAAGAUCAGAAACAACAAAGAGUAUUGCGAAGUUCAAAUAGAGGUGGAUCAUCGGUUGACCGAGGUUCCAACAAUUCAUCACCGCAAUUACAAAGCAGUUCACCAUCACCAGCUCCAGUUACACAAACCGGCACAACAACCACCACCACAUCAACCAAUACAACGUCAUCGGUAUCAACUCGUGUUGAUACGACAAAACCAGCAACUCCCGCAUCUAGUUCAACGGUUGAUAGUUGUCCAAAUACGACAAACAUGAACACAGCUAGCCCAAGUAAUCCAUUGAAUACGGAGACUGAACCAACUAAUGCUCCCAGUCCGUCAGCAUCAUCAACAUCGUCCACAAAAGAAAGUUCACAAAAUACAGCCGAUUUACAUCCGCGAAAACGAAAAAUACGCGCUAGUAAAGAUGAAAACAAACAGAUUGUUCCGAAUACAAAUUCAUCAUCAUCCUCGUCCUCCUCGUCAUCGACAACUCAAUCGAAUACAAAUAACAACGAUCAAAAUGAGAGCACAACCAAUACGGAAGUGCCGCAUCCACAUGAUCAACCCAUCACCAAUUGUUAUCAAAUGUACUUAAAUAUUCGCAAACAAAUUGAACGACGACAACGAAAUCUAUUCCCUGUCCAACCGAAGCCACCGCAAGGCUUUAAAGAUUAUCUACUGAAUCGGCGAACAUAUGUGUUGGCCAAUAAAACAUCGAUGGAAUCAAAUGCCGGAUUUCCAAUGAAUUUGUCGUCACAAUUACGAGAUUUAUUUAUGCAACAAGAGAAGGAACGACACAAACUAAAAAUGCAACAUGUCGUCGAAAAGGAGAAGCUGGUUCUUUCAGUUGAACAAGAAAUUUUACGGGUCCAUGGUAGAGCUGCACGUGCAUUGGCCAAUCAGUCACUGCCAUUCUCAGCUUGCACAAUACUUAAAGAUGAUGAAGUUUAUAACAUAAUCACUCCGGAGCAGGAGGAAAAAGAUCGUAAUGCUCGUUCUAGAUAUAAUGGAAGACUGUUCUUAAGUUGGCUUCAAGACGUUGAUGAUAAAUGGGAGAAAAUUAAGGAAGCAAUGGUUCUACGGCAUCAUAAUGAAGCUGAAAGCUUACACGCUGUACAAAAGAUGGAAUGGGAAUGGAAGAUGAAGGAGUUAGUGUUGUGCGAGUACAAAGCACAACCAGUUAUUGAUGAAAACCAUGUUCCAAUGGUUCAUGUCAGUGACGAUUUUGACUUGCUUCCAUAAACCAUGGAUGUAUCGUUUAUUUUGAACAGCAUGUGAUUUUUUAUCUGAAUACGUUUAGAAAUAAUGUCAAUUUUUUUACGAAUAUAACAAAAUUUAUUUGACAAAAGUCUAUCAAAAGCACUUUUGUACGAUUGUAACAUUGAAGUUUCAAUGAUUUGAAUAAUAAAUACACAGAAUCAAUAGAUAUAUUUUUACAAUGUGUAUUUUAAGAAAAA